AUGGCUGAAGCCCAGCUGUGUGUAUCACAGGACGAGUUCACCUGCUCGGUGUGUCAGGACACCCUGACUGACCCCGUGUCACUGCAUUGUGGUCACAGUUUCUGUCUGAAGUGCCUCACGGACUGCUGGGAUCAGAGCCAAGAGUGCAGCUGUCCUCAGUGCAGACACACAUUCACCACAAGGCCUGAGCUGAACAGAAACACUCUGCUGAAUGAAGUCAUCAAGAAAUUAAAGAAGACGGCACUCAGUUCUCCACCACCUCAGAAUUUUGUUCGCCCUGGAGAUGUGGAGUGUGACUUCUGUACUGGGAAGAAGUUCAGAGCGGUGAAGUCCUGUCUGACCUGCAUGGCCUCCUACUGUCAGAGUCACCUGCAGCCUCACUAUGAAGGAAACGCCUGGAAGGGACACAAGCUGGUUGAUCCUGAUGGAAAUCUGAAGGAGAAACUCUGUGCAAAACAUCAGAAGAGUCUGGAGAUAUUUUGUAAAACUGAUAAUUCCUGUAUCUGCUUGAUGUGUGUGGUGACUGGACAUAAAAAUCAUGAAAUGGUCGAGCUGGAGACAGAGAGGGAAGAAAAACAGAAACAGCUGGGGGAGACACUGAGUGACAUCAAGAGGGGACUUGAGGAGAGAGAGAAGACACUGAAGGAGACGAGGAGGGCGAUGGAGGAGAUGAAGAUUUUCUCAUCUCGCUGUGUCCUUCCUGCUGAUGAAGAGUCGCUGAGCUUCACUGUCAUGACUGAUUUCUCAUCUGAGAACCUGAGAAAGGAGCUGUCAGGUCUGACAAAGAUUCUGGAGAAAAUCAGCAAGUGGGACAUCUUGACAAGGACUCAGUCAGGUGCACAGCACCUUAAACCAUCUGCGCUGGGUAGGCUGCAAGGACACCAGCAUGUAAAACUGAACAUGAGCGGAGGAGCCCGUACUGGCCAUGAUAUGGCUCCACAUGUGCUAGGACUCACCGUGCCUCACAGCGCUCACCUGCUAGCCGGCACCACACUCCUGUGGCAGCGCCUUCAACGCGCAAACGCUCAUGAAGCUCCAGUUUUUGCCCUCCAGCCUCCAAAGACUAUGGCCCCAUCUCUUCUGACUAGCAGUGAAUGGAAGCACAGAGCAGCAGAGUCUCCCACUCACACGUAA